CCGUCAUCCUGGCCAUGGACUUUGAAUACUCUCCCCACCGUUCAGCUGGAGGAACCCUUCAUCUGCUCUCGCCGACACAUCCUCAAUACUCCAUCGACGCGUUCCCGUCCAUCAAGCAAAUCCGCCGCUCCUUGUCGCGUUCCCCCUCGAAGCCGUCGCGUUACCAUCUGGUCUCCAGGUCCCCCAAGAAGUCUCCUCCACGCUCUGGUCUGUCCCGUGCCUUGAGUGCAAACACUGGUGCCGAUUCUUCCCUCAAGAACAAGUUGUUGUUACGACGAAACGCGCCUGUUCGCGCGAAUGCGCGCAAGGAAACGCCGCACACUUUGAGACGCGCCUUGAGUGACGCCAGCAGCCAAGCAAACACCGUAACUAUGGAACUUACUCAACAACCUACUCCUGGCGACCAGGAAAACUCAUAUCUAACGUCGCCCACUUCAAGGCACCUGGAUGUGCCACGCGAUGCCCGCUUCGAAGUCGAUGACGAACCCAUCAAAUUCGACUUCCUCAAAGGCCGCAACAGCUUGUCACUGGCCAUGAGUGGAACGCCGGCAAAGUCCAGUCCUCUCAAACGAAGCGAUGGUGUUAUGAAUCUCGACCAGGUCAACCUUGGUAGUCCCAGAGCCAAGCGACGCAGCUUGCACAGCGCCUCUCUCGGUAUCGACUUUGAUGUCUUUGAGCAGGCCUUUGAGAGUGCCAACAAUGAUUUCAGCGACGAUGAGCCUACGCCUGUGUCCCCUGUGCGUCAACGAUCUCCCCAGCGCACCAAGCCUUUCAGCCUCAGAAGGUCUACUCUCCAGCAACGAGCAGUGGGUACACCUCGCGCCAGACCCUACUCAGAUCUGAGCGAGUCUCCUAGCGGUCACUCGAAGGCACGCGCCAGAAUGUCGCUCGAUGGCUCGUUGCCUCUUCGUGGUCUGGAGCACUCCAUCCAUCUUCCACCUCCAGAGCAAAAAACAAUUUCUCGCUCAGCACCAAAACCUCACCCUCUUUCCAAGGCAUUGAGCCCUUCAUCUUCGGCAUCAAGUCUCGGCGAUGAUACGCCACGCCUAUCGCCCAAAAAGCCACAAUUUUCUAGACCGUACCCCGGCUUUUCCAAGAGUCUACCCAUCGGUGCGCUCAGACCUAAGCCGCACACCGACUCGAGCGGCUCAAGCGAUUCGUUCGAGACGCCGGAAGCCUUCAAGAUGGCAAAGCCAUUGCCACAGGCUUUCAUGUCGACCGGCUUGAUCUCUAAGCGUAAUCGAAAUGUCGACCUUCCUCAGUCUUCGUUUGGUAGCAGCAUGAACAUGCCCGAUACGCCUUCGAAGAAGACCAUUCUACCUCAUCUCGGUGGUGGCACUCCAGCCCCAGCAGCCAACUUUGGCAAGUUUUCUCGCCCCCUGCACGAAUUUGGAUCGCCAACAACCCCUUGGAGUCCACACCCCGUCCAAGCAUCUCCUGAGUCAUUCGGCAAGGGUGUGAACAUCUUCGGUCUUGGCUGCUCUUCUGGAAAGUCAAACCGACGAAGCAGUUUCCUCAGCAUUACCGACGAAGAUUUGAACAAGUCACCUCUCGGUCAUAUGGACGUACAAGCUAGCGGUGAUGAGAUGCCACCGACUCCCACCAAAGCCGCUUCUUCUGGAUCCACAACCAUUCGACCAACAUCCAAGGGCAAAGGAAACAGCCUGCGAAGUUCCUUGUUUGGACGCAGAUCGUCGAUUGCACCCGACACUUUCGAUCGUCCGAAAUUUGAGGAUCAACAGCCAGCAAAUGACUGUAAGUAUAUUUCUUCAACUACUCCUUCUUCGGAGUCAAAGAAAAGUGUGGCUUCGACCCCAUCUCUUACUAUCACACCAUGUGGUUCGCCAUCUUCUCCUUCUUUUGAACAAGCCAUGAGCCUUAGGCAGUCUCAUCGCAAAUCUUGCCCAUCUCCUCUUACUCUUCGGUGCCGGGAAUUUCCUUCUUUUUCUUCUUCUUCUACCUCAUCUGCAGGAGAUGCUGAAGCAAAGCAACUAUUAGCAGUCACGCCAUCUAGCCACUCGAGCUUUACGGACUCGAACCUCCCCCCGAAGACUCCUCAGGAGAGCUUCACCCCACCGGAUCCUAGUGGUCUGUCCAUCUCUGGUGAGCACCGUGGGCCGGUUCUGUUCGGCAUGAGCGGUCUUCAAAGCUCAAACAGUUUCCCACCUGCUACUCCCACCGGACCAAGAGACUCUGGAAUGAACUUUGGUGGAAGCAUCAGACCUGGUGCUUUUGGAGCUUCUGUCUCAGGCUUCUUUGCAAACGACGUCGACACAGCACUUACAUCCCGAUUCGAGAGUGUUCAGGCAGUGGGUAUUGGAGAGUUUUCUCAGGUUUACCGCGUCUCAAAACCUGUCGUUGGCAGCCCGGCUGCUCGCCACGAGUUCACACGCAAACUUGGAAACGUCUGGGCUGUCAAGAAGUCAAAGAAGCCGUAUCUUGGUGUCAAGGACCGGGAGAACAAGAUGAGAGAAGUCCAUGUUCUCCAAGCCCUUCGUGGUAACGAACACAUCCUCGAUCUCUCCAAUGUGUUGAUUGACUGGGAAGGAGUACUGAAGAUUGCCGACUUUGGUAUGGCCACAACAUGGCCCGCGCCCAAGCACAUUGAGGGAGAGGGUGACCGCGAAUACAUCGGUCCCGAGGUGCUUUCUGGCAAGUUCGACAAGCCCGCCGACAUCUUCUCUCUUGGCAUGAUCAUGCUCGAGAUCGCCGGAAACAUUGUUCUUCCCGACAAUGGUCUUCACUGGCAAAGACUGCGUAGCGGCGACCUCAGCGAUGUGCCUAGCCUUACAUGGAGUUCCGACAACAGCCUUCCUAGGUAUGAGUCUGGCGAGCCUAUGGUCGACGACAACGAGGAAACCCUUCGAUUCGACGACGACAUGGAUUUGGGUAACCAGCCCACGGUGACCGGUCACAGAAGAAGAGAGCUGGCUCAGCCACCCAACUUCAUGAUUGACCCCAACGACAGCGAGGCACUUGACAAGGUCGUUGAGUGGAUGAUUUACCCAUCUCCCGAACAGAGACCGGUGAUCGACGAACUCCUGAGCUGCGGUGGAGUUCAAUGGGUCGAACAGAGAAGACGCGCAGGUGCCACAGUUUACGAGGGCAACUGGGGACCAGCAGACGAUGUUCUCAACGCUGGUCACGACAUUGACAUGGUCGACAUC